AGGAAAAAAAAAAAUAUAGGAAAGGUGAUGGUGUGCAUUUUGCUUGGUGCUCUCCUGUUUCCAAGCUUGAUCUGGUCUCAUUUAAAGCCCCCCAGAGGCAUUUGCAACUGGUUAUGUUUCUAAUCCAUAGGUAUGUAAUUUUUAUGCUGGCUCAAAACAAAGGUGACAUACAGUUUUUCAGAUUCAUUGAUAACCCUUGACAGAAGUAUGUAAAAUACCCACCUGCUACAUUCAUCUCAGCAUGACCCAUCGUCCCACAGUUUUGCCUACAGCUUUUUGUUGCUGUGUAUUUUGGAAGCAGUCGCUCCCUUCCUGUGCAGUCAUGCAGUUAUUUGUGUGAGUGCUCAACCGCUAAGCACGAGCUCCCUUUGCAAUAGGAUCCCCUGUAAUUGCUCUCUUUGUGCCUGCUGAAAGCUGGCUCUGUGUGGGGAUGUGUGUUCAUGUGGUCAAGGCUGGAUUCCUGGCUGUCUGUCCCAUGGCAUUGGCUACGUUGAGCUCAUUACUUCUGUGUCCAUGUGUUCGUUAUCGCACUUGGCUCUGAGCAGUGUCCAGGCCAUAUGUCCUGCUCCUCUGAUCUCGGAUUUUUUUGUUUUAAGUUUGGAGUGUUUGAAACAGACUAUGUGGGUACGCUUCAGAGCUGGAGAGGCUUUGGAUGCCCACUAUAGCUCAUGUCUGUGGUUGGAUCUACCUGUUGUCCAGCUCUGCCCUUCUGCUCAGUCUGGCUUUCCCUCUGAUAGAGUUGCGAUGUCCAACUCAUGUAUGGGCUGUGGGAUGAGAGAUAGGGGAGCAGCCCUGUAGAAUUUAGUAUUACUCUCUAGCAGCCCAAAGGGCCAGCCAUCCAGCCAUACUCUGAGGUGCAUCAGGCCUAGCACUGCCACUGGGUGAGGGGAGGGGUUGUCCUGCUCUGUGCUGUGUAGCUGCGUCUCCAGCACUGGGUGCACUUCUGGGUGCCAUCAAAGAAGAAGGACCAAAGAGCCUCCAAAGGAGGCCUACAAAGAUGGGAAAGGGUUUAGAGGAAAAGAUGUACGAGGAGCAGCUGAGGUCCCUUGGUUUGCUCAGCCCAGAGCAGAGGAGCUGAGGGGAGGCCUGAUGGCGGCUGCAGCUCCUCACAGGGAGCAGAGGGGCAGCGCUAAGCUCUUCUCUGUGUGACAGCUACAGGGCCCGAGGGAACGGCAUGGAGCUGUGCCAGAGGAGGGGCAGCUGGGGGUUAGGAAAGCAACAGGUUUGCCCUUGUAGACAUCCCUCUCUGGCACACUGCUGCACUUUAUCCACUCCUACUCCUGGCGGGUGGGGGCUGGCUCUUUGUGGGCAUACAGCACUAGAGUGCUUCUGAUGAUUCUAGGGGCCUGUGGUCAACAUGCACAGUGAGGCAGUGGUAUUUUUUUCCUCUCAGAUUUUAAGGCAUAUUUUACAAUGCAUAAAGUGGUUAUGGACACCAUCUUGAACCUGUUUAGUUCUCUAGCGUAAUUUAUGACUUUCUUCUACCUCACUUAACAGCCUUGCAUGAAUUAAACUUGUGUACAAAAAUACACUUUUUUUCUCCCCUAAGAUUCAGACAAGGAUAUCAUUUAAAUAAUGUCUUAUGUAGUUUCAAUUUCUUUAAAUUACAUUUAGUGACAUGUCAUGUCUUUCCUAAAACUUCAUUUCAUAGUUGAUUCUUUUUGAAAAUAAAGAGAAAGCGUACUGGUCCUCUGAAAUCUUACCUUGAUAUUUUUGAAUGUUACUCUGAAGGAUGAACCAUUUUCUCCAGCUUAAAAAAUUAAGCCAGCAUUGCUUCAGCUUGCUUUGCAAGGCUUAAAUAUAUCUGCAAUUAUGUAAGUUUCAGUUGUGUGAUAUUUCAUGGGCAUCUAUUUAAACAUACAACUGUUAUUUUUAGUUGAAAUAUAGACUAUAUAAAGACUUAAAAGAUGUGGGAUCAACCUUGGCAGCAAUGGCCUUUGAACCAACAGCAGUGGAUGCAGUCAUUUCAGCACCAGCAAGAUCCAAGCCAGAUUGACUGGGCUGCCUUAGCUCAAGCAUGGAUUGCUCAGCGGGAAGCCUCAGGGCAACAAAGUGUAGUGGAACAACAAGGAAUGAUGCCAAAUGGACAGGAUAUUUCAGGAAUAGAGUCUGGUUCAAACAAUCAUAAUAAUUUUCAGGGGGAUCCCAACUUCAACAGAAUGUGGCAGCCAGAAUGGGGAAUGCCUCACCAACCCCCUCACCCUCCUCCAGAUCAGCAGUGGAUGGCUCCAACCACAGGUCAAAUGGAAAUUGUUCCUCCAUCUGAAGACAGCAACAGUCAGGACAGUGGGGAGUUUGCAUCUGACAACAGGCAUAUAUUUAACCAGAACAAUCACAACUUUGGGGCACCUCCUGAUAACUUUGCAAUGGGGCCAGUGAACCAGUUUGACUAUCAGCAUGGGGCUGCUUUUGGUCCACCUCAAGGUGGAUUUCAUCCACCUUAUUGGCAGCCAGGACCGCCAGGGCCACCAGGUCCACCAGCACCUUCUGCACCUCCUCAGAAUCGAAGGGAAAGGCCCUCGUUCAGAGACCGACAGCGUUCGCCUAUUGCGAUGCCUGUGAAGCAGGAGCCUCCACAGAUUGAUGCUGUGAAGCGUAGAACUCUGCCUGCCUGGAUUCGGGAGGGUCUGGAAAAGAUGGAACGAGAGAAACAAAAAUUGGAAAAAGAGAGGAUGGAGCAGCAACGCUCGCAGAUGUCUAAAAAGGAGAAAAAGGAAAACGAUGAGGCUGAAGAAGGGGAUGGCCCACGGUUGCCUCAGAAAAGCAAAUUUGACAGUGAUGAGGAAGAUGAAGAUGCUGAAAACACAGAAGCUGUAAGUGUUGGGAAAAUCAGUAGGAGUCCAUCGCCUGUUCCUCAAGAGGAGCAAAGCGAACCAGAAAUGACAGAAGAAGAAAAGGAGUAUCAAAUGAUGAUGCUGACAAAAAUGAUGCUGACAGAGAUUCUUUUAGAUGUCACAAAUGAAGAAAUUUACUACGUGGCCAAAGAUGUACACCGUAAAGCAACUAAAGCUCCUGCAAAACAGCUGGCACAGUCCAGUGCACUGGCUUCUCUCACUGGACUCGGUGGACUGGGUGGUUAUGGAUCAGGAGACAGCGAAGAUGAGAGGAGUGACAGAGGCUCUGAAUCGUCUGAUACUGAUGAUGAGGAACUGCGACACAGAAUCAGGCAAAAACAGGAAGCAUUUUGGAGAAAAGAGAGAGAACAGCAAAUAUUACUAGAAAAACAGCUAGAAGAAGAAAGGCUACAAAUUGAUAAAGUUUCAAAGGAGAUGAAUGAAUAUAUGAACAAAGAACAAAACAGCAUUUUGACAUCACAGGAGACAAAAGAAAUUGAAGCAGAUUUGGUUCAUGACAAGAAAAGAUCUCCAAAUGCAAUCGCACCCGAUAUAGAGCCCAAAAAAGAGGGUAAAGAAAAAGAGAGGACAGGAAGGAGUAGGUCAAGAACCUCGAGCAGCGGUAGCACUAGCAGCAAUAGCAGAAGCAGUAGCAGUAGCAGCACUGUAUCUAGUUCUUCAUAUAGCACCAGCUCAGGUAGCAGUCGCAGUUCUUCGCGUUCUUCCUCUCCUAAAAGGAAGAAGAGGCACAGUCGCAGUAGAACACCUUCACACAAAGUUAGGCGCAGCAGAAGCAGGAGCUACUCUCACAGAAAUAGAAGAGAGAGGAGUAGAAGCAGGGAAAAAAUAAGGGAAAGGAGAAGAUCCAGUAGAAAUCAGAGCGCUGAGAGAGGGGAGAGGCGGAGAAUUCAGAGCCCUUCUCAAGAGAGGAGCUGGGAUAGACGUAGGAGUAGUAGCUCAAGAGACAGGAGAGUUGGCCGUGCCAGUCGCAGCAGGAGCAGGGAUAGGCGCAAACCCGAAGACCAGCAUAGAAGUCCUCCUGGAAAUAGGCACAAACACAAAAGCGAUGGUAAAGAUCAAGAGAGGAAGAAAGAGCACGGUGGAACUGUAGACAAAGACAGAAAAAAGAACAGAGAAAGGGAGAGAGCAGGAAAAAGAAAAGAUAAACCUAAAAAGGAGGAAAAAGAAAGCAAGGCUGGUAAUCACGAUGAUAAUAGAUUGAAGAGAAAAAGAGACAGUGAAAGAAUUUUCCCUCGCAGUGAGACAAUAUCUGUGAAAAUAAUAAGACAGGAUUCCAGACCAGACAGCAAAAGAGUUACUACCAAAGAUAGUAGGAAGCAGUCAGGCUCUGAAUCUAGUGCAAGGAGUAGUUCUGAAUCACCAGGAAGCAGUAAGGAAAAGAAGGCUAAGAAAUCGAAGCAUAUUCGGUCAUGCUCCAUGGAGAAAUCUCAAAGGUCUGGUAAGAAGGCAAGCCGCAAACACAAGUCUAAGUCACGAUCAAGAUCAACAACUCCUCCUCGUCGUAAACGCUGAGCAAUUAAUGGCACCAGUGCUAUGAUGUUUAAAAAUUCCAUGAGUUAUAAAAGGCUUGUCUCAUUAUAGAGGCACAUUGUGGCUAUGUAGGUGAAACCAGAACCCUUUUUUUAAUGUGUAAAUAGGUGUAUUUUUUCCAAAUGCUGCUCUGAAUUAAAUACCUAAUAGGAUUUCUUUGUAUUACAUUUUUUCAAGAACGGUAGUGCUUAAUAAGAAUAUAAAACAAAACAUACCAUUCUCUUUCAGCUGUAAUGUUCUUAAAAUUACUAUUGAAUGUACUGUGAUGUCAAUAAAGCUCUUUAGUUCUUUUUUUGUUUAAAGUUCUUGCACCUGGAUUUUGUGUUAAAUUGUAGAAAAUACUUCAGAAAAAGGCAGCUUUUUUGGUAUAACAAAUUUUUAAAGUACUUGAGAAAAGAUUUUAACUUGUCACAGUAUGUUACCCAUGGAUUCAAUGAGAUUCAUCUGUUGGGUGGGGGAUGUGGAAGAACAGAGUGUAGACAUCUUCCUUUAGGUGUGUAAUAGAUUUCUAACCUCCUUUUUAUUUGGACUCUCGAGUAACAUAUGCUGUGUGUGUAAAAUAUGGGUCACUGUAAUACGAGCGGUACUUAGACU